CAUGCAGCACUCCUGCCCACCCUCGCGUCCGCCGGGCUCUCCUGGGCGUCUGUAAACACACCCAGACUGUCAUGGAGGGGGAGGAGGAGGCGGCGGCGGCGAAGGGAGGCGUUUUGGGCCGCCUCCAGGGUCCGCGCUGCCAUUCCUGAACUGGUCCCUCGUCCCCGUGACUGUGGCAUCAGGGAAACGAACUGUUAGGCGAGAGGAGGAGGCAGUCAGAACCAUAUCCCCUUCUUCCCCCGGGGCGGGGGCCGGGCCGGGCCAGGCCGGCGGAGCCAGGGAGGGCAAGGGGAGGGAGCGCCUGGCCAGGCCGGCCUGUCUGCCGAGAUGGAUGACAGUAAGGUGGUUGGAGGCAAAGUAAAGAAGCCCGGUAAACGUGGUCGGAAGCCAGCCAAAAUUGACUUGAAGGCAAAACUUGAGAGGAGCCGGCAGAGUGCAAGAGAAUGCCGGGCCAGAAAGAAACUGAGAUAUCAGUAUUUGGAAGAGUUGGUAUCCAGUCGGGAAAGAGCCAUAUGUGCCCUCAGAGAGGAACUGGAAAUGUACAAGCAGUGGUGCAUGGCAAUGGACCAAGGAAAAAUCCCUUCUGAAAUAAAGGCCCUACUCACUGGGGAAGAGCAGAGCAAAUCUCAGCAGAACUCAAGCAGGCACAUGAAAGCUGGGAAAACAGAUGCGAACAGCAAUUCCUGGUGAAGAUCAUAUAAAAUGAUGAGUCAGUGAUUGAAGCCAAUAUCCUGAUUCUUACGGAGGAUGAAUGGGCAAGAUUGUACCUCUUGGCUCCACUUACUACCUACUGCUCAGUAGUCAUCUCUGUAAAUCUGCAAUUUCUGCCAAAAUGUGUGAUCAUAGAUCUCAAAGGAUUUUCCUCUAACUUUUAACACUUAGAAAAUUUACAAACAUUCAGACCUGUUCUGGUUGGUAUGGCCACCCCAUGGCACUUAACAAGUUGCAAUGCUUGAAAACACAGGAGUAGAGGAGAAUGGGUAAAGAUUGUAUUUUUGCACCUUAACUCCACAUUGCUUUUCUGGUUAAUUUAUAUUCUUUCCAUAUAAUUCAUGUAUUUGUAUGUGUAUGUGUGUUUAGGUGUCACCUCCUUUUAUGUUUUUGAUUGCCCUGCAAAGAGAAACCAAACGGGCUAAUUACUGACUAAGUUCUUAGCCUUUAUGGACCUAAUUUUAUUUCUUUAUAUUUACUUGAGUAAUGUCUAUUUUCUGCAUGAACCAUAAUUUCUCCUGUGAGCCAUUCCAGCAUAAGCUGUGAAUAUGUAUUAACAAAUAUAUACAUUUCUAUUUUUUUAAUCCAUAAUGAUAUGCCUGUUUUAAAUAACGUACAUGUUAAUAACACCCAUCAGGAAAGCCCUCAAGACAGCCUCCUCUAUUCAGUAAAACUGAAUAGUUUUACUUUUGUAAAAGUUUUGUUGCUGUCUUCUCAAACUGUGUUUAUAAAAGUUUGCUAGGGCCUAAUUCAUACUUGGAAAAAUAAUAAUUGAAAAAAAAUUUUUUUAAGCAAGAAAUAACCUUUUAGGCAUUUCAGCAACAUACAUCAUCUUGACAACCCAAGAGUAUAUAUGUAUGUUUCUAUUGUAUGUCCAUAUAUAUAUAUAUUAUAUAUAUAUAUAUAUAUUAUAUAUAUAUAUAUGGAUAGGGCAGGAGUGAAUGAAUGUUCACACACAUUUCCUUGUGUGGUCAACUAACUAGGAGAAUUUUUCUAAAGAAAAUGGGAUGAAAUUAGCUGCUGAGAUUGAGUUUCUGCCUCAGGAGAUCUGGAACAAAAUGAGGGACAAAUCGCUGGUCGAUCUAAUAACCAGAACACUUAGUUUCUCCCCCGCAGUGAGUUCUCUCACGAAUGUGUUCUGCGUCGGAAAGAAACAGUGUGGGUGUGCGUCUCACGCAGCCCGGGCUGCACUCUGGAGUGAAACACUAGCUAGGGUCGUGCACAGCCGCAGCUCCUGGGCCUGGCAAGAGGUGCAGAAGGACAGAGUCGUUCUUUCCAGUUCCCAUCACAGCUACCUUUACUUUCUUCCUGACCACCAAGUGGAGUGAUGGCUGAGGAACCAAGCGCAUAGUACUAUGAUACACUCAAAUAGACCUAGGAAUCUUUUGAUUUCCCCAUUGAGACACUUGAUCACUCUUCUCUUUCCCCUAGUUAAAUCAGGAGCUGUGUUCUCUGUUGCUGCUAAAUUAUAAUUGUUCUUGGCUCUAAUGAAGUAAAUAUGUGGCUUCCAAACACAAUAAUGCUUUGUUAUGAAAUGGCAGUGUAAGAGGAGGCAUCAUGGUUUAGAUUGUCUGUGAGGGGGGAACUGAGAUGGACCUCAUAGUUUCAGAUUACAAAGUACUUUGUCCCCUUCUCUUAGGCCCUGCAUCUGAAUAAAGUGCCUCCCCUUAGCCUGAGUUCCUAAAGAUCUCUUGUGCUUAGGUUGCAAACUCAGAUCUCUAGUCCAGUCCUGUGUGACUACUGAUAUACCACUAGCCCAGACUGUUGGGUCUCGCUGUGUUUUGGUGGACCGGGGGGUUUAAGAGUAUUUAAUGUCUUUUUAGGAUCACAAAUGUAGAUAAAGGAUUGUUAAUAUUCAAGCCUUCAGAGUUUAAGUGUUUUAACUAUAGUGUUCAGAUUGUAAUGGGUAUGUUUUGCCAUCUGGUCUACUCAAAUGUAUAUUUUUAUUUUGCGAAACAACCCAAAAUGUAUUCUACGUUGCUUUGUUCAGUACCUUUUGAAUUCCCCAGAAGAGUUGAUUUCAAAGCAAACAUUCCAAAAUGAAUGUGGCUCUCUUCAAUGGAAUGUCUCCAUUGUGCUUGAAGUAUUUCUUCUCUAGUUGUAAUUUUACAUUACAGGGUCAUUUAUUUGAGCUACCCGCCCUCCCGCAUUAUCUUUACAAGAGAACUCAGUGACUUUGUCCUUGGGUAGAGGAUGUGUAAUUUUUGGUGAAAGUAAAUUAGUUUAUUCCUAAAUCUAUCUCUUUGGUAUUUUGCAGUAGAUCAAACCAAGAGAAAGUUCCUUGGUUUUAAAAAAGGAAUGUUUUGAUUGCUUUGGGUAUUGUGCUGGCUGCACACUUUGGCCACUUGUAGCAUGUUAAUAAAUGUCACUGAUUAAAACAGCUGGAACAUUUCUUUCCCUGUUCCAGUUAAGGAGCAGCAUACUGAAAUCCCAGCGUCUCUCACUUAACUUGUAAUGACAACUUGCA